AUGUUUUCGGGUUCAAAGUUGCGAUUCCUGUGUCGUCGUCUGCAUCAACAUCAACAUCAUCAGAUGAUGGAGAGUAAUUUUCAUCAUCAACAUCAACAAACAAUGCUUCUUCUUCGGAAAUCCAUGGUGAUGAAUAAACCACUCUAUAAUUAUAGUACAAGCACAAUAACAGCCAAUGAAGCUACAACAACCGAGUCGACUCCAACAACCACUACUAAUACACCAACAACAGCAACAACAACUUCAACAACAACAAAUUCUAAUACAAUGAAGUACACAUCAACAGAAAUUAGACUCAUCAAGAAACAAAAAGAAAGAGUUUUGAAAAAGGAAAAGAUUGAUGAAGUAGUUGGGAAACUUUUCAAUAUUAACCAGAAGAAGGAAAUGGGACAAUUUUCAGAAAAUGUUGUGGAUGUAGUAUCGGAGACACCUGCUGUUGAAAAGAAGAAGAGAAAAUCGAAAAAGGCUGAAGCUAAAGAAGCAGCAUCAAAAGCAAUUGUUGAAGAACCAAUCAAGAAGGAAGCCUUUACAAAUCCAGAAAUCGAUUCUCUUGUCGAUAAUAUUCUCACCAUGACCAUUGCAGGACAAGCUAGUUUGGCUGCCUCUGCUGAAGAAGAAGAUGAAUUAAUUUCUCUGUUAAAGACAAAGAGAAGACAAAGAUUCAACACUUUAAAUAGUAAUAAUGGUGUUAAUGUUGGUCCGACAACUUACAAGUCAUCAAUCGACAAGUUUUCACAACAAGAAGUUGAUUUUAAACAAUAUACACAAACCAAGGAAUCUGAAUUGUCUUCACCUCUUGAAAUGUCAGAAGAGGGUGAUGAAGAUAUUAAAACUCCACAAAUUGAUCCAGAGGAUGAGGAUAUUCUUUCUUAUUUACGUGAAUUGAAGGAUAGAACAGUCAAACAAAAGGAAGAAGAAAAGAAAUCAGCAUUGGAAAAUGACAAUGAAUUGGAUGAGGAAGAUAAGAUUGUUGAGAAAGCUUGGCAAGAUAUUGCCUCAAAGCCAGAAAGUGCUGCCAAGACUGUAGAAGCUGAACUUGAUGAACCAGUUUCAAGAUCUUCUAAAUCAUCUUCCAAUAAUUCAAAGAAGGACGAUGUCAUUAUGCAAUUUUUACAAGAUCUCCUCAAAUAA